AGAGUCUAACAUGUACGCGAGUCAUUGGGACUUGAGCGAGACACCUAAAGGCGUAAUGAAAGUGAAGGUCGGCCCUGGUUGUCGACCGAGGGAGGAUGGGCCGCGUCGCGAUGCGACUCCGCACUCCCGGGGCGUCUCGUUCUCAUCGCGAGAAGAGGCGCACCCAGAGCGUACUCGUUGGGAUCCGAAAGAUGGUGAACUAUGCCUGGUCAGGACGAAGUCAGGGGAAACCCUGAUGGAGGUCCGUAGCGAUUCUGACGUGCAAAUCGAUCGUCGGAACUGGGUAUAG